AUGUGGAAACAGCUGGCCAGUAGUCGUUCGAUACUUCGAUCCGAGCCAGGUCGAUCGCCCAUGCUGGCCCUGAAACUGGCUGGGGGUGCCCGUCGAUCACAUGCAACCGCCCCGCCGAGUGCCCUCGACAGUCUCGGCUCGUCCUCCCAUCUCAGUCGUCGUUGGACUAAGGAACAAGUCAAGGAUGUCUACGAGAGUCCAUUGAUGGAACUCGUCUUUCGUGCAGCUACCACUCAUCGAGCCUACCAUGAUCCAAGCAAGGUCCAACUCUGCACCCUUCUCAACAUCAAGACUGGUGGUUGCACAGAAGAUUGCUCCUAUUGCGCUCAAUCAUCCAGGUAUUCGACCGGUCUCCAAGCCUCUAAACUGAUCGACAUCGAGCCCGUCCUAGCUGAAGCUCGGAAAGCUAAGGCUAAUGGAUCUACUAGAUUCUGUAUGGGCGCUGCUUGGAGAGACAUGAAUGGUAGAAAGAAUGGAUUCAAGAAGAUCUUAGAGAUGGUCAAAGAAGUCAGAGCAAUGGGUAUGGAAGUGUGCACGACUUUAGGAAUGCUCUCACCGGAGCAAGCAGUACAACUGAAAGAAGCGGGUCUGACGGCGUACAACCACAACCUGGACACAUCCCGAGAGUAUUAUCCGAAGGUGAUUUCGACGCGGUCGUAUGACGAGCGAUUACAGACGAUCGAGAAUGUCCGUGAGGCCGGGCUCUCGGUCUGUUCGGGAGGGAUCAUCGGUUUGGGCGAGUCGGAUGAGGACCGGAUCGCGCUGAUCUGUCAGAUGAGCCAGCUCCCCGCUCCCCCCGAAAGCUUCCCCGUUAACGCCCUCGUCCCCAUCCCGGGUACGCCUCUCGGUGAUAACGAAAGAGUCAGCUUUCACGAAAUCUUGCGCACUAUCUCUACCGCUCGAAUUGUCCUACCAACAUCGAUCGUGAGAUUUGCUGCUGGAAGAAACACGUUCAGUGAAGCAGAGCAAGCGAUGUGUUUCAUGGCCGGAGCGAAUGCAAUCUUUACGGGAGAAAAGAUGUUGACGACACCAACCUCGGGAUGGGAUGAAGAUAUCUCGAUGUUCAGUCGUUGGGGAAUCACACCAUUAGGCUCAUUUGCCUCGGAGAAUCAAGACCAAGCCCAGUCUGAUUCUACUGCUGAUCAACUCGUCAAUGAUAGAAGAUCACACUCGACUAGCGAACUUCCUACUGUUCAAAUCACUGCUUGA